CCCGCCACCCCGACUCUCCCGCGGCAACGCCUGAAAUACCCCGCCCCAGCGCCCGAUCCCGCGAGAAAACUCGCCACCCGUCGCUUGGGCUUGACUCCUCGUCUGCCUCGGAUCGAGUAGAAACUUCCGGUGGUAGGUCGCCCCGGCUUUACCCCACCGGCCACCACCCCCGCCCCGCCCCCAAAACUGUUCUCCUCCUCCGCCUCGUGGAAGCCGACUCUCUUUCCGUGGGGAGCGAAGCGGGGCGGGCGAUGAGGCCGGGGGCGCCAACGCGGAGCUCACCCACCCAGUCCACCGCAAGCAUGUGGCCGGGCAGGUGAACUCCACUCCCCCGCUCUCCCCACGCGCCGCGCGGUUAAAUUGCUCGCCUCCUCCACCCCGCAGACCGCAGCAGGAGAGGCCGAUCGAGCCGCGGCGGCAUGGGUCCCAACCUCAAGUACCGGGCUGGGCUCGUCCUCAUCGUCGCCGUCGUGCUCAUAUGGGUCACCUCCGCCGAGGUCACGCAGGGGAUUUUCGCUAACUACAAGCAACCAUUCGCAAUUACUUACUUGGGGGCCUCCCUUAUGGUGAUCUACAUCCCGUUGGCAUUUCUGAAGGAUUUUAUAUACAGAUUGCUGAGAAGGAAUUCUGGAAGCAGCAAGGCCUCAAAAAUCGCGAGCAAAUCUUCAUUUGGCGGUAGCGCUCCUCUGAAGAAUGGUGAAUUUCAGAAGAUGCUGGAAAUGGAACCACAGAAAACCGUGGUGAUAAAAAUUACUGAUGUGGACAUUCCUGUACUAGAAGAGACGAAACCACUCAUCUGUGGAAUUGGUGAAUGUGAGGGUGGGGUUUUGAAGGAGCAACAGCUUUCCACCAAGGAGAUUGCAAUUUAUGGGUUGUAUCUUUGUCCCAUAUGGUUUGUCACAGAGUAUUUGUCAAAUGCGGCACUUGCAAGAACCAGUGUGGCAAGCACUACUGUACUAUCUUCAACUUCGGGACUCUUCACCCUUUUCAUUGGUGUGCUACUGGGCCAAGAUUCCAUAAAUGCUGCCAAAGUUAUUGCUGUUUUUGUUAGCAUGGCUGGUGUGGCAAUGACAACUAUGGGCCAGACUUGGGCAACAGAUGAAUCAGAAGUAAGCAAUUCAGGGGCCACACAGAGGACUCUUCUAGGAGACAUGUUUGGUCUUAUGUCAGCUAUGUCAUAUGGUCUAUUCACAGUGCUUCUCAAAAAGUUUGCUGGAGGAGAAGGAUCAGAAAAGGUUGAUGUCCAAAAACUGUUUGGUUUUCUCGGACUUUUCAGUCUUUGUCUUCUCUGGUGGCUUGUGUGGCCAUUAACUGCACUUGGCAUUGAGCCAAAGUUUACAAUGCCCCACUCAGCUAAAGUGGAUGAAGUGGUGCUGGCAAACGGCCUUAUUGGGAGUGUGCUAUCAGACUACUUUUGGGCUCUUUCCGUGGUUUGGACUAAUCCCUUGGUGGCCACGUUAGGCAUGUCGCUCACAAUUCCACUAGCGAUGGUUGCUGACAUGGUCAUCCACGGCCGACAUUAUUCAGCAGUCUACAUUUUUGGCUCUGUCCAGGUAUUUUCUGGGUUCGUCAUCGCCAAUCUUGCCGACCGCGUUUCACGUUUCUUAGGUCUAUAGUCGUGAAAUGUACAAGGUUGAAUCGGAGUGUACAUCUGGAAGGUUGGGUAGGGUUAGUAACGAAGUGUACAUUGGGUGUUUGGGUUAGUUAGUUAUAAGGACAGCUCUGUCUUCUCUGUAAAUCAUAAGGAUGGGGGAAAUGGCACUGCAGCUCUGUUUCCUUUUUACCUUCGGCCCCCUUUACACGCAGGAAUGGAUAAUUUUGGUGUGGUGGAAUUGAAACAGUGAAAGCUUAGCAUACGUAAGGAACAUUAUGAAUUUA